AUGGCCGGCACGCAGACCAGCUUGAAGAGCCCCUUCAAAGGCCUGAGCUCCUUCAAGGGCAGCAUGAAGCGCCUGUACCGCGAGCGUCCGGAGGACGCGCCUAUCAAAAAGCGAGUGAUGGCCGAGAUUAAGCUGAAGCGCCGCGGCUUGGAGUCUUUUCACAAGGCGGCCAAGGUAAAGCGGGAGCAGGUGGACGAGGCGCACCAGCCACUGCGACGCGCUGAUGCUGAAGCCGAGUUCCUCGCGGCCGCCUCAGCCAAGGCGCUGGACCUGAGCCCGGGGCUCAAGCAUACGCUGGCCCAGUUCACGUUGAGUAGCCAGAGCUCCCUCGGGGGACCGGCCGCUUUCUCGGCGCGCACCGGCCACGAGCACUCCCACGGCGGCGUGCCCCCGUUGCCCUCCCCUCCCGUGUUGGGAGGCGGCCCCCUGCUGGUCCCCUGCGACAGCUCCACCGAGCUCACCCACUCCCUGCUAGAGGGCGAAUCCAUCUCCUGCUUCGUGGUGGGCGGCGAGAAGCGGCUGUGCCUGCCCCAAGUGCUCAACUCGGUGUUGCGCGACUUCUCGCUCCAGCAGAUCAACACGGUGUGCGACGAGCUCUACGUGUACUGCUCGCGCUGCGACGCCGAGCAGCUGCACAUCCUCAAGGUGCUGGGCAUCCUACCCUUCAAUGCGCCGUCCUGCGGCCUCAUCACGUUGACCGACGCGCAGCGGCUGUGCAACGCGCUGCUACGCCCCGGCGCCGCGCCGCCCGCAGAACUGGGCGCCGACUUGUUGGGGCGCGGCCCGCUCAAGGAGAGCGAGGCCGGCUUCCGGGUGGAGCACCAAUGCCUGGGCAAGUGCCAGGGCCUCUUCCUGCCACGCUUCUACACGCAGCCCGAGGCGCCAUGCGUCCAGUGCGUAGAGUGCCACCUGCUCUUCUCGCCGCAGAAGUUCGUCAUGCACUCGCAUAAAUCGCCUGACAAGAGGACCUGCCAUUGGGGAUUCGACUCGGCCAAGUGGCCCUGUUACCUGCAGCUGGCCAGGAAGUACCAGGGCUCGCCCGAAGAGGGCGAGCUCCAGCGGCUGCUGGACGAGGUCAAAGACAAGUUCCACUACCAACUCAAGAGGACGCUCGACAAGAAGGCGGCUGCGGGGGAUGAGGACCAGGAGAACCAGUCUCGCAAACCCUCGGCGGACCUUUGCUCCCCCAGCGGCAAGUUGGCUGAAGCCGAGCCCACGAGGAAGGGUAAGACGUCUCCAACCUUGGUGUACAAUCAUCUUUUUCCGGACAUCAAAGAGGAGCCGGGGCACCCCACGCUGGUCCACCCCAGCUAUUACCUGUACACGUAUGAUAAGAUGGUGGCUCCCAACGUGUCCCUACGCAGGGAGGCGGAGAUGAGCCCCGAGAUGCUGGGAGCGCUGCUCAAGCACCACUACAGCCGAGGGGUGCCGCACCAUGAUGAGCCUCCCAUGGAUCUUCAUGCGUCUCCUCCACUGGCUGAGGAGGCCAAAUCCCAACACGACGCCGAGCGGGAAUGCAAAACCCAGGCAGUUUCCAUGGAGACGAGCAACCUGAGCGGCAAGAUAGCCGCCCGCGCCCGCAGCCCUCCUCCUCCUCAUCCCGCAUCGCCGCCGCCCGUGACCGAGGCGGCAGAAGACGACACGGGAUGUGCCGUCAAUAUGACGAUGGGGGGACCGGAAGACGACAAAGACAGGAUCGUGGUUGAGAUCAUGCAGAUGUACAGCAGGCAGCAGGAGAAACUCAACUCCACUUUGCAUAAGCAGCUACAGUUGGAGAUGGAGCUGGAGGCGUUACGUGGCGGGGAGGCGGCGCGGCUCCGCGAGCUGAGCGCCGAGCAGAGGGAGCUACGCAGCGAGCUGGAGGCGGUCCACAGCGAGCAGGCGCGCCAGCUCGGACAGGCCCGCCAGGAACAGCUGGAGCUGGAGGCGCGUCUGGAGCAGCUUCGGCGGCAGGCGUGCACUUGCGAACCCUCCGCUCAGCGACAGCAGGAGGCGCAUUAUGCCGCGCAGUUGUCGGAGCUCCGUCAGAGGUUGGAACGCGCCGAGGCGGACCGACAGGAGCUGCAGGACGAGCUGAGGCGGGAACGGGAGGCGCGCGAGAACCUAGAGCGCACCAUCGGCCAGCUCAAGCAGCAGAUGGCCCAGUCGGGAGGCGCCGUCCCGGCCGGGGGCAGCCCCUCGCCUCCCCUCACCCCAUCCACCGGACCCCCUAACGCCCAUUCGCCGGCCUCUGAGAAGUAG